GAAGAAAUAUGGCUGAUACUUGAAUAACGAGCAAUGAAUGACAGUAUUAUUCUAUCGAUAUUUCAAGUAGAAUGUCCAGUAAACAGCAAAUCAAAGAGACAAUAAACUGUUUGUGUAGGAUCAUUAUGUAUAACAACGGCCGUUGGAUCAAACCUGAAGUUUUUAGACUUGCAAAAUUCAAUAAAGUUGAGGCUGUAGAAGCCAUGUGGUGCCUUCUUCGCGAAACUGUUUGGUUUAUAAAAUACAACACUUUUUGCGCUCAAAAUGAGUUUUCCACUGCUAACACAACGCAUAACAUACAAUGGACAAAACAGGAGCUUUAUAAGCAAGGAUAUUACUUGAAAUCAUUUUAUGACUUACCCGAAGAUUCUUCCUGUGGCAGUCAAGAAAUACUGCUGGCAUUUGGAUGGCUCUUUUCUAAAGCAAAUGUUUUAAACAAACUAUUAGACGGUUAUCACAACAUGUUUGAAGAGUGUAUGCCUGUCGACCAGGAACUAUUAGCACCCAAGCAACAAAGACCAAAUUAUGACCUAACAGAUAAUAAAGUUGAAGAAAAUAAUGAAGAUACAAUUGAUAAGAUCAAGCAAUUAUCUUGGCUUACUGGCAAUCUUUCUUUUAAAUUCAAGGGUCUCUUUGCUGCUGAAAACAAGUUGGCAUCAAACAUUGUUAGAGUUCAUUCAUUCACAAUGGUUGGACAUGAAACUAAAGGUCAUCUUUCUACGAUGGAAGCUUAUCUUCUACGACAUCCCAAAGAAUGUGAUAAACUGUUGAACGAAUGUCAGAAUUUUAAUUCGUAUGUUGAAAAUCUUGUCAAGUUUGUCGAGACCCAAGAUGUGUUUUGGAAAUGGCUUCAAAGUGUUUACAACUCAAAAUAUUCUGACUACGAUCAAGUUGGUCCUGAAUGGAAUGUCAAAAAUCAAUGUAGGUCAUGUCGUAAUGCUUUGAAGACAAAAAUGUUUGAUAUUAAUGGAUUGCAGGAUGAAAUUCAAAAUGGUUUCACAAAUUCAGAGAUAGAAACUUUUUAUCCCAAAAGUACUUUUAAUAGAACACUUCGAGAUUUCUCUGAUGAUUUGAGCUUCUUAAAAUGUAACGAGAAAUUGAGGAUAUUUCCUGAAAUGAAAAAAGUUCCUUGUGAAAAGGCAUCCGUAAAGAGCAGUGUUCAAAAAGCAAUUGAAUCUGUGAAUAAAAAUAUUGCAAAGAUUGAAUUAAGUAUUGCUGAAUUACGUAACAAACAUCUUCAAAUAUUAAAUGUGAUGAUGGAAGAAUUAGAAGAAGCUGUUUUGUUCACCAUUGAAAAUAGCAAAUAUAAAGAAAUAAGAAGUAAAUGAUUAUUCUUUGCUAAA